ACACAUAACGUCGUUCAGUCCAUUCCAGCCUGUUCAGAAGCAGUUAAGACACUUUCCCCGGCGUUGCGGCUCAAUACAUAAAGACAACAACUACGAAAGACCAUGAAUAUUUUAACUAGAUAUUCUGCGAAGUGUCUCUGGACCGGAGCGGCGGUCCAUCUGCCUCGACAGCCCGACGGACGCGUGUUGACGGCGUCGUCGGCCCGGUUCCUGUGCGCGGCGGCGGGACCCAAAAAAGACCUUGGUGAGCUGGUGAAGAAGGACAAAGUGGUGGUGUUUAUGAAAGGGACACCGGCGCAGCCCCUGUGUGGCUUCAGCAAUGCCGUGGUUCAGAUCCUCCGGAUGCACGGGGUGGACGACUACGCCGCGUACAACGUACUGGACGACUCGGAGCUGAGGGAAGGAGUCAAGGUCUUCUCCAAUUGGCCCACGAUCCCUCAGGUGUACUUCAGCGGCGAGUUUGUGGGAGGCUGCGACAUUCUGCUGCAGAUGCACCAGAACGGGGAUCUGGUGGACGAGCUGAAGAAGCUGGGCAUCAGCUCCGUGCUGCUGAAGGCCGAGAACGAGUCCAAGUAGAGGAAGCGCUGUCCCACACCUAGAACGUCUUGUACUCCAACUUAAAUGUGCUCUGAUCACUUGCCUGAUCGUGUAUUUGACCAUGUACCUGGCUGGUGAGGAAAGUGUCUUCACGGGAAUCUCAAAUCAGUUUAAUCUUACUCUUCAUACAUCUGUCGGCUCCUCUUUUUUCGGAGAGGCUGAGGUUUUUAGUCAUUUCGGGGUGCAGGGAACAAGUUGCAAACACCACAAAGACCCAUUUUGAUAGAACAAUUCUUUAUUUUGAGUUGUGCGCCUGGCCAUCCGAGGACUGAAGCCCAAUAUUCACUCUCCUUCUAGCUCUGUUUUGGUCUCCCAUCGCCCCCCCUAGGCCACUCAAUGCUUCCGUGGUGCCGUCACUGUGUUUAUUCGUGCCUUUCUGCUGAUGACAAAAAGCAAACAACAAUGAGCUGAUGGAUGCUACACAGAUGUACAUGUCCAGAGAUAACUCUGCGGGUUGGUCACUGAGGCCGACCUCGUUCCCGUAACAAACAUUUGAUCUAAUUCAGUUAUUUCUCAAUGAAAGCAGCCAAAAUGGUGCCCUCUAGUUUCUCAUUUUUAAUCCUAAAACAUCAUGAUUCCCCCUCAAAUAAUCUCCCCGAAGAUCCACACCAGCACACUGUGUUUUUGUGAUGGACCUUCAUGACCCACAUGCAGGUUCCCUCCCUCUGAGUCGCAUCAGCUCACACGAGGAGCCUGUUACAGACCUGUCCAUCCUUUACUCCAAGCCUCAGCGUCUUUUCUAAAGCUGCUGGUGUCCUCGUGUUAGAGACCGGCUGCUAGGAGGAACAACAACAAAGAGAUGGUGCUCUGAUACGUUGGGAAUCAAUAUAGCGGCUGUGGGUUCGUAAUCCUAUUAAUACGUUUAUUAUCUGGCCCAUCCCAUAUUGUAUGCAUUAGCCUUUGUAGCUGUGGACACCUCACUGACCUCGUUCACUGUGUCCCCUCUUUAGUAGCUGCGUCACAAGUCCGUCUGAGUCGUGGGUUUGUUCAUCAGUCCCUUGAGGAAGGUUGUUUUCUUUGUCUCACUAAGCUCCAGAACCACUUACACCAUCGAUCCUAGAAGUUCCUCCUGCUGCACAGCUGUAUUAUCGAAGCAAUGGUCACGUAGUACACUGUAGGAUAUUGUACAUUGAAAGCAUAUUGUUAAAUGUAUUUUAGUUGCAUGUCAAUUAAAUAUUUUGAAACAAA